GUCUGACAGACGACACAACAGAUAAAUUCGUAUACUAGUAAAAGUAACGGAGAAGAGCCGAGGACUAGCCAUGGCGGCCGCGGCGGCGCUCCUCGUGCUGGCGGCCUUGUCUUCUCCGGCGCCGGUAGCAGCCGGCCGCCGCCGCAGCGGAUGGAUCGACGCGCACGCCACGUUCUACGGCGACGAGACCGGGGCCGAAACCAUGCAGGGCGCGUGCGGAUACGGUGACCUGUUCCAGCAAGGAUACGGGCUGGACACGGCGGCGCUAAGCGUGGCCCUCUUCAACGCCGGCGCAUCCUGCGGCGGCUGCUACGAGCUCCACUGCGCGUCAAGCACAUACUGCAGGCCCAAGGGCGGCCCAAUAACAAUCACGGCCACGAACCUCUGCCCGGCCAACUACUCCAAGCCCAACGAGAACUGGUGCAACCCGCCAUUGCACCACUUCGACCUCUCGAAACCGGCCUUCCUCCGCCUCGUCACCGACUUCCACGUCGGCAUCAUCCCCGUCAAGUACCGCCGCGUGAAGUGCGGCAACAAGCGCGGCGGGGUCCGGUUCCAGAUGACCGGGGACAGCCGGUAUUGGGUCGGCGUCGUCGUCUUCAACGUCGCCGGUGCCGGAGAAGUGAAAGGGUUGGCCGUGAAAGGGGGGAGAGAUGGGGUUUGGAGGGAGAUGAAGAGGAAUUGGGGCGCUGUUUGGGAUGGUGGCGACGUUCAUCGGCUUGUUGGGCAAGGGCUGUCGUUUAGGGUUGUUGCUGGGGAUGGGAGGAUGCUUGAGCUUGAAGGUGUGGCGCCGGGGAACUGGGCUGUUGGACAGAGCUUCGAAGGCAAGGGACAGUUCUGAAGUUUCUGCAUGUCGAUCGAUCAGCUAGUUCUAGCCUAGCCUAGCUAGAAUCCAUUGGUAGUUAGUUUUUUGUGAUCAAAUUAAUGUAACGUUGCAGCAUUUUGUUGGAUGGGCUGAUUUGUGGUAAUAAAUCUUCAGUAAUCGCAGACUCA